GCCAGCAAGCCCAUCAGUUUCACAGUUGUCUCCGGGUUCUUUUAUUUUCUAAUUCUAUUUGCUUGAUUUGCAGAGAUGUCUGCGACGCAGCUACUCAACCCAAAGGCUGAGUCCAGGCGGAGAGCAGAAGCUCUCAGGGUGAACAUCAGCGCCGGAGAGGGCCUUCAGGAUGUGUUGAAAUCUAAUCUGGGGCCUUCGGGCACCCUGAAGAUGUUGGUCGAUGGAGCAGGCGGAAUCAAAUUGACUAAGGAUGGAAACGUGCUGUUGCGAGAAAUGCAAAUUCAAAAUCCAACGGCCGUCAUGAUCGCGCGCGCUGCAACUGCGCAAGAUGAUAUUACUGGUGAUGGAACAACGUCAGUCGUUCUGCUCGUCGGAGAGUUGUUGAAGCAGGCAGACCGAUAUAUUUCUGAGGGGCUGCACCCCCGAGUCAUAACAGACGGCUACGAAAUUGCAAAGAAUGAAGCACUGAAGUUCCUUGACCAGUUCAAGAUCACACGCAAGAUUGACCGCGAGUUGUUGCUUUCUGUCGCUCGUACCUCUCUGUCUACAAAGCUGAAUAGUGCUCUCGCGGAGAAACUCACCCCCGACAUUGUCGAUGCCGUCCUUGCUAUCCACAGACCUCCCACUAAGCCUGAUCUGCACAUGAUUGAGAUCAUGACGAUGCAACACCGAGCAGCAUCUGAUACACAGCUCAUCCGUGGCCUUGCCCUGGAUCAUGGAGCUAGACAUCCCGACAUGCCAAAGCGAGUUGAAAAUGCUUUCAUUCUGACGUUGAAUGUCAGCCUCGAAUACGAAAAGUCGGAGAUCAACUCAGGGUUCUAUUAUUCCAGCGCCGAGCAGAGGGAUAAGCUAGUUGAGAGCGAGCGCAGAUUUGUGGAUUCUAAGCUGCAGAAGAUUGUGGAGCUCAAGAAGCAAGUCUGCGGGGACGACCCAAAGAAAGGUUUCGUUGUCAUUAACCAGAAGGGUAUUGAUCCUCUAAGCUUGGACGUUCUCGUUAAGAACGGCAUAUUUGCUCUCCGGAGGGCCAAGCGUAGGAACAUGGAACGUUUGCAGUUAGUUUGCGGUGGUGUUGCCCAGAACAGCGUGGACGAUCUCACACCCGAUGUUCUUGGGUGGGCUGGUCUUGUAUACGAACAUCAACUCGGUGAGGAGAAGUACACAUUUGUCGAGGAAGUCAAGGAUCCCAAGUCUGUCACAAUCCUGAUCAAGGGACCUAACGGACACACAAUCACUCAAGUCAAAGAUGCAGUCCGCGACGGUCUGCGUUCCGUGUACAAUACCAUUGUCGACAGCUGUGUCGUGCCUGGCGCUGGAGCAUUCCAAGUUAGCUGCGCUGAUUAUCUUGAGUCGAAAGUCUCCAAGACAGUCAAGGGAAAAGCUAAAUGGGGUGUUAAAGCUUUCGCUGAAGCACUCCUUGUCAUCCCGAAGACUCUCGCUGCCAACUCAGGCCACGACAUUCAGGAUUCCCUUGCUGCUCUGGAGUAUGAGCGUUCGCAAGGAAACGUCGUCGGUUUGGACUUGGCGACAGGAGAACCCAUGGACCCUGUCCAGGAAGGUGUCUUCGAUUCCUUCCGCGUCCUACGGAAUUGCAUCGCUUCCAGCAGCGGGAUCUCGUCGAACCUGCUCCUGUGUGAUGAGUUACUGAAGGCCAGGCAAAUGGGUAGACAGGGUGGACCUGGCGGUAUGGAACAGUAAUUGAACAUUCUACUAGUCGUGGGAAUAUGGAGUUCGUUUAAAAAACCGUGUUUCAAAUGUGUUCGGUAACGAUUGCCUCCCGCAUGGUGUCUCAUGGAAUAUAAAAGAAUAUCACUUUUUAACAUCUAAUCUAGAUAACGUUUUUG